ACCUCCCUUAGCUUUAGCAAGCGACUUAUCAUUUUACUGCGCAUUCAAUCCGCAGUGAAUUCUGUUUUAGCAUUGUAUCAUCAGUCAAUCGGAGCAAAACAAUUCUUACUCGUAUUCUCGUUAAGAGAGAGGCCGGCCGCACACUAUGACAACCUACACAUAGAAGAAAAGCCAUAUACAUAUAUUAGUUUUAGAGGUUAUAUCAACCAAAAUUGACUGCUGUGAUCGGAAAAUCUUGUAGAAAUUUAGGUAUCGCUGUACAUUUCGCCAGGCCGCAGCUGUUCCGUUAAUGAGGGUCGAUAUAGAAAUUUUCAUGCUCUGAUUGGCUGAUGUUUCACUGCUGAGACAGGAUCCACUGCAGAUUGGAUGCGAAGUAAAAUAGUGGGAACGUGCGCUCCAGUUUACGGAGUAAUAAAGGCGUGCAGGAGUAGAUCCCAUUACUGUAUCUACAAACUCAACCAAACCUCAAACCUUGUUGAUUCACCAGCGGUACUAAUUACCCAUAACCUCAAAAAAAAUUAUGCAACAUAACCUAACAUAAAUAUAGUACAUAUAUAUUUUUUUCUUAUAUAUUCAUGUACUAUUGCAAAAUACAUAUUGAAAUUAACAUUUAUUUGCAAUGGAAGAAUAUCCACCUAUUAAGGUACGCCUGGCUGUGAGUAGAGUUGACUUAAAUUUAAUAAAAAACGAAGAUAUCCAGCCGAGAAUAUAUACACCGGGUGAAGAAAUAUCUAGCCAGCCUGAUUUCUUGAGAGGUCACGGGACGUACGUAGAUGAUGAGAACACAUUGCGUGCGUCUGUUGCCGGUGUUUUAGAAAAAGUAAACAAACUUAUUUCGAUAAGACCACUGAAAGCGCGUUAUCAAGGAGAAAUAGGAGAUGUAGUUGUUGGUCGCAUAACUGAGGUGCAACAAAAACGUUGGAAAGUUGAUACAAAUUCGAAAUUGGAUUCUGUUCUUUUAUUAUCUAGUGUUAAUUUACCUGGAGGAGAACUGAGAAGAAGAUCAGCGGAAGAUGAACAAACUAUGAGACGAUACCUUCAAGAAGGUGAUUUAAUUUGUGCAGAAGUACAAAGUACAUUUGUAGAUGGCUCACUUUCAUUGCAUACUAGAGUAUUAAAAUAUGGUAAACUGUCGCAAGGGAUAAUGUUAAAAGUUUCUCCGGCUCUUAUCAAGCGAAAGAAAACACAUUUUCAUAAUUUAGAGAAUGGUGCAAGUUUAAUAUUAGGAAACAAUGGUUAUAUAUGGAUUGGUGCCAGUAAGCAGGAUACAGAUAGAUCAGAGGGUGGUUUCACUCAAGACUUGUCUAGAAUCCCACAAGCAAAUCGUGAAGUAUGUGCAAGACUACGUAAUUGCAUUUUAAUUUUAGCCCAAUCUAACAUGCAUUUGACUGAUACAUCUGUCACAUAUGCUUAUGAAGAAUCUAUGAAGUACAAAGUAAAUGACUUGUUAGAACCUGAAGCAAUAAUUGAUGUGUCAUUAAAUAUGGACGCAUGUUUCACUGCUUUUGAUAAAGAUGAAGAUGGAUAUUUAUCUAUCACAGAGUUCGAACUUAUUUGUCGUGCGUUGUUCCGUAAUGAUCGCGGGAAAGUUUAUACUCUAGAAAAAGAUCAGUUAAAUGAAAUCUACUCUAUAUUCGAUUGGAAAGGAGAUGGAAGAAUGGACAAAGAAGAAUUUGAGAUGUGUUGGAACCGUUGGAUUAAGGUAUGCUGCCGUCCAAAGAGUGCUUUUCUAAUCGUAGAUGUACAAAAUGAUUUUAUAACGGGGUCUUUGAACAUUAAGCAAUGUGCUGCUGAGCAUGAUGGUUUAGAAGUGGUUGAGCCAAUUAAUAGAUUGUUGGAUACUGUACAAUUCGAUGCAGUAUUCUAUUCUCUCGAUUGGCAUCCUGUAGAUCAUGUAUCUUUUAUCGAUAACUUACAUCUCAGAGAAGUUGAUGAAAGCAGCGAAAUUUCAAAAGAAGCAGCGCAAGUCUAUGACACAAUUACAUUCAGGGGACCACCGUUACUAAAGCAGCGUCUUUGGCCACGCCAUUGCAUUCAGGAUUCUUGGGGUGCAGAGUUGCAUAAGGAUCUAAAGGUCGUCGACAAUGCGAUUAAAAUUUAUAAAGGGACUAACCCGGAAGUUGAUUCGUACUCCGUUUUUUGGGAUAAUAAGAAAAUGCAGGAUACUAGUUUGCAAUCGCAAUUACAAGAAAUUGGAGUCACAGACAUAUACAUUUGUGGGUUGGCUUAUGAUGUCUGUGUCGGAGCUACUGCAGUUGAUGCACUUAAAUGCGGCUAUCGUACUAUACUCAUUGAUGACUGUAGUCGAGGUGUAGACCUCGUUGACAUUGAAAAAACCAAAGCUACUGUCAUAGCCAGCAAUGGUGUUAUAGUGAAUUCUAAUCAGGUAAAAGCAAUGGUUGUGGGUAAAGAUCGUCGACCAGAACUUGGGUAUAAAUUAGCUCUAGAAAUUAAAGAAAAAUUAAAGAAUUUAAAUGCUGAUAGUGCUAAUGACAACAUCGUCACGUAGAUUUAAAUUAUUAUAUAGAUUUCAAAUUAGUAUAUAUAUAUAUAUAUAUAUGAGUGUAUACAUUCAAUAAAACAUCGCAUGUUGCCGAGAUUGUUAUGUUAAAGACUAUUUUAGUGUAUUAAGUAAAUUAAAAUAAAUCUAUUUUUCUGCAGUAAACAGCAAUUUGUUCAAUCUAAAAUUAGUUUCAAAUAUAUUAAACCGCCUCAGAAUUAAAUUGUAUGAAUUAGGGAUUUGAUCCGCUCGUAGAAUAUUGUAAAUAUCUCAAGCAUAAUAAAAAAAAUGGUCAUUUCUACAA